CAAAAAAGUGUCUAUCAGCUUAUUUCCCCAAUCUAAGUUUUCUCUCUAAUAAUAUGAAGCAGGAGGACUCAGAAAAUCCCGCGCUUGAGGGUUCAACUCAAGCUGGGAAUAAUGUGUCGCAAGCACCAAAUCGAACUGCUCCAAACGUGACCCUGAAUGCCAACCCCACUAAUGUCUCCACGGAGAAACCAAAGGCCUUCACCAUCAAAUAUAAAAGACCGCGGGGAUCCAGAGCUUGUGUGGUGUGUCGGUCUCGUAAGGUCCGAUGUGACGCAGAAAUACACAUCCCGUGUACAAACUGUAUCACUUUUGGUUGUGAAUGUACCGUACCGGAGGCCAAAAAAAGAGGCAAUGCUUCUUCAUCGUCUGAUUCGUCUCGGGUCAAGCGGAAACAACAAACUGGAAUCAAUAGCACUACAGGGUCAGAAAAUGGUCAACUAUCUUCCCAUCAACAUCAAUCUACCCCACUUGGGAAAUCGCAUUCCAUGCCAAAUGGCUCACAUUCACAAUUGAAUGGUGGCCAGAACUAUAACCAAAUGUAUAACCAAUCCAAUCAUAACUCAUCCAAUAUUCCCAAUAAAAUUAAUACCAACUCAACUAUAAAUAGUCAUAACCAUUACAACAAAUCAUCCACAAACACAAACGACGAUCAAUUACCAACCAAUGGUGGCCUGUCUAACGAACCAGUGUUGAAUAUCUCUCAAGUUAGUGUUCCUCCUUCACUUACAUCCAAUUAUAAAAACCGUCCAUCUAUGCAUAAAAAGGAACUUUUAAGUGGCAAGGGGAGAGCAUCUCUAACCUUUUUAGGAUCCUCUUCCAUUGGCCAUGUUGCACAAAAGGUUGGACAAAAUCAUGUCGAAUUAACUGAAGAUUUGUUUGAUUUGAAUGAUACCUCCUUGGAUUCAGUAGAAUUGGAGAUUUUGAAGUUAAGAGGUGCAUUCCUCUUACCUUCGACAGAAUUGAGUUUGGAUUUAAUUGAAUCCUACUUUGAACAUGUACAUCCUCUUAUGCCCGUGAUCAAUCGUACAGAGUUCAUGAAGAAGUUCAAAGACCCCAAUGAUCUGCCCUCAUUGAUGUUGUUACAAGCAGUACUUCUUUGUGGUAGUAGAGUGAGUAGUAACCCAUUACUUGUUGAUUCCAAAGGAUCCAAGAAUCUCGCUUCUUUGACUUUUUAUAGACGUGCAAAGGCAUUGUAUGAAACCAAUUAUGAAAGUGAUCCUGUUCUGAUUAUUCAAACUUUGAUUUUAAUUGGGUCCUACUGGGAAGGUCCCGAAGAUGUGACGAAAAACUCAUUUUAUUGGUCGAGAGUGGCGGUUGGAUUGGCACAAGGGUUUGGAUUUCAAAGAGAUGUAUCAAAUUCUCCAAAUUUGUCCAUUGUAGAUAAAAAGAUAUGGAGAAGAAUAUGGUGGUGUUUGUUUGAAAAAGAUCGAAAUGUGGCAAUUGCCUUUGGUAGACCAUCGGUGAUUGAUUUGAACGAUUGUGAUGUUCCAAUGUUGACCAUUGACGAUUUCAAUGAAGAUGAGCCAAAUGGGCCAUCUCCAUAUGAGGUAAACACUACACAAGCUCUUUAUUUCAUUCAUUUGGUUAAGUUGGCAGAGAUCACAGGUAUUAUCAUUAAACACCAAUACACUGUGAAGGCUGAACUGAUGAAACGGAAAAACAAGUUUCCAAUCAUUCAACAUUGUGAUAUGUUGAUGGGGAUUUGGUUUACCAAUUUGCCAAGUCAAUUGGUGUUUUCACUUUCUGAUAAAUCAACCCAAAACUUUUACAGUUGCUUGUUGAAUGCUCAAUAUUAUAAUCGAUUAUAUUUAAUUCAUCGAUCUAAUUUACUUCGAAUGGCCAAGUCCAACUCUACCAACCCAAACAAUUAUAAGUAUCCAUCUUGGGGGAUCUCUUUCCAAGCAGCUAGAAUGAUUUCUAUAGUAUCAAAGAACUUGUUGGAUAGGGAUCAAAUUAAGUACUGCCCUGUGAUGUUUGUGUACAUUUUGUUCAGUGCCCUCAUGAUGUUGAUUUAUCAUGUAGAUUCACCAAAUAAUGUGAUUGCUCUGACUGCCAGUGACUCCUUAUUUGUAUCAAGAGCCGUCUUGAGAGAAUUGGGUAAGUAUUGGCCAAUUGCUGGGGUAUUGGUGAAAUUAUUUGAUAAGUAUGCUAAUGAUAAAUUUAAGAGAGCGAAAAUUAUCGAAAAUGCCACCAAAGUUGAUGAGUAUCAAGAAAUUGAAGCGAUUAAGAAAGAAAGAGACACUCAUAACAAUAUCAAUAGUUAUUAUGGAACCACAGCAACAUCUACGUCUUCUAACGUUAUUCCAAAUAAUCAAGUUAUUUCGUCACCUUCUGGUCAUCUGACUGCUUCAGGGAUUUCCCCCGGAGGAGGAGUAUACCAUAGAGAACUCAAAUUGGAUUCUAUGGAUCCAUCGUCUAUUCCAAAGUCAGAUCCUCAACAGAAUCAUCAACAAGACCAUACCCCACAACAAGGAAAUGGUCAAUCGCCACAGCAUAUACCGGAAGUUCGUAUCGAAGACUUGGUACAACAGUUUAAACAACCAGUGAAGAAAAAUGGCGGUGCUGGAGGUGCUGGUGGUAGUAGUAACUCGACAAAAUCAAGGGGGACUAAUGAUACAUCUCCUACAUCUUCAACUCAAUCAUUUCCAGAUAUUUCACUUGUCACUGAAAACAUACCUGCUAAUUCAAACUUUUUCGAGAAUUUUGAACCUACACAAUUGUUCCCAGAAGUGAGAUCUACAAGUUACCCUCCGAGUAGAUCUCAAUCCCCAACAACAAUACGAAGUCUUCUCAACGACAACAAUAAGUUAUCUCCAAUGGAAACUUCUGGAGUUUUUGAUGACGAAGAUACGUCAAAUGUUCACCAACCUCCAACAACUCCUGGAGGUGGUCCAACUAACUUUAUGGAUAGUUCGUUCAUCAAUAUGAAUUUACAACCGUCUGUAAACAAUUAUUUGAAUGACGAUUUUGGGUCUUUGUUUAAUUUCCAAGUAUAAUAGGGUAUAUAUUAAAUAAGAAUAAUAU